GUCGUGAUGCAUUUGAUAGCGCGUUUUUCUGAUGUAUUGUUUUACGUGAUUGUUCUGUGGCUUGGAAACGUAAAUUUAGUAUUUUUGAUACAUGAUGUAUUUACUCCAAAAACACAAAUCUGUCUAACCUCUCAUCGCACGUCAACGGAAAAAACAAAUCAAUCCAAUUAAAAUAUGGGCAAUGACCAUUCCCACUUAGGCGGAAUCGAAAUUGAGGAAAAAUCCGUCGAAGUGUCCGAUUUCUGGUCACAUCAUUCCGCUACAAUCACAAACUCGGAAAACACCACCAACCUUUCAGUACUAGUAGGCGAAUUAUUUGUAGAUGGACCACUAUGGAAAACACACACUCCUUUAGAGAAAAACAGCAAGCAUUUAAUGAUCUAUCGACACCCGUGUAUUUUAAAGUACAUUUCAUCGUGGAAUAAAAACUCCAAGUAUUAUCUAGCUGUGGAGGAAGCAGUGCCAUUAGGACACGUCCUAGCGAAACAAAACACGUUGCAGAUAUGUAUAGGUUUACAUUCCGUUUUAAAAGCGUUGUGUUUUUUGCACGAAAAGGCGUUUGUAUCACAUAAUAAUAUUUGUACAGCUGCCAUCUACGUAACGAAGGACGGAAGCUGGAAAUUGGGGGGGAUGGAGUACGUGUGUAAGUUUGGCGAACUCAGCUCUGACUUUUUGAAAAAGUCCAGUAAUAAUCGGUACAACAAAGCUGUGGACCCGAAUGAAGAAAAACACAUACAAGGGAGUUCAAGGAGGGAUUUUAUUGAUAUUUUCUCGUACGGGGUUUUAGUUUGUGAGGUACUAAAAUCAAAAAGUGACGAUGACAUUCCAAGCCUCACUGCCUUUCGAGACUUUUGUAAAAACAGUCUUCAAAAUAUCGACGUAGCGACAAGGCCAAAACUCAGUACCUUACUCGAGCACGAGUUUUUUAACCACGAAUUUAUCAUAAUUCACUCGUUUUUGAUAGAGUUACCUUUAAAAUCGGACGAAGAGAAAACUCAGUUUUUCCAUAGUUUAGUUGAACGCUUGAGAGCUUUCCCUGAAGUUACCGUAGCUAGUCAAUUUGGUAAUUUAUUGCUAUCUAGGUUGGUAUUACUGAAUAAAACCGCGCAAGACGAGCUGCUGCCGUUCAUUUUGUGCCCCAAAGAAGGUUCUGAAGACAGCGCUAGGAACUUUUUUUCUGAAGACGUGUUCAGAAAAUUCCUCACACCUAAGCUUCUGGAAAUAUUCUGCGUCCGCGAUGCCCAAAUCCGGCUUCUUUUAUUAAACUGUUUCAAGUAUUUUGUCCACACGUUCACCAAAGAGGAGCUGCAGUCGUGUAUUUUACCAGAGCUUCUAGUGGGGGUGAAAGACACCAAUGACUAUUUGGUUUCCGUGACUUUGCGCACCCUCGCCGACUUGGUCCCUAUUUUAGGCGCCGCCACUGUUAUAGGGGGUAAACGGGGUAAGCUUUUCACUGAUGGGCGGCCCGUGUGCCACCCCCGCCGCCCCCGCAAGAACUCGAAGAAGCACGAGCCGGCCCCCGCCGACACCAACCCUAUAAUUCACACCCACCAGCUUAUUAUGAAUCUCCCUGAGCGGCCGCGACCCGAUGGGGAGGAGGGGGAGACGUCGGCGGAGGAAGCCGAGCAGAGCGUGGAGGAGGAUCUGGACAAUUGGGAGGAUUGGGGGGAGACGAAUCCUGUGGUCCAGGAUAACGGGGAGUCGAGUUCGCUGCACACCAACUCCAGCGAGUCGGUGGCGUCGGUGUUCGAGAUGGAAGUGACGGCGCAGGUGAGCAACUCCAGGAAGAAGUCGCUCCCGGAUAUAAGCGAGCUGGAUAUCAAGAAUCAAGCGAGCUCGGAGCAGAACGACGACUUUGACUUCUUCCAGGACAUGGAGCCUGUGAUUGAGACGUCGUCGAAGUACUUGGUCAAGGAGGAUUUGGAGAAGAGCGUCAGCAGCAAGCUGGGGGUGGAGAUGACGGAGGAAGGGGGCGAGGACGGGUGGGGGGAGGAGGAGUGCCUACGUCUCUACUACGAAAAGCUCUCGGCGUCCGCCACAGGCUACAGGGGUAGUUUCCUUCAACCCAUCACAGGAUCAGAGGCAGGCCUGGCCUGCAGCGAUAGGACGCCCUUGUCGGAUCACUACUCCGCUUGA